AGCACUUGACAACCGAUAACAACCAUGUAACAUACAUGCUGAUAACAUGUAAAGACGCUUUUUUUUUUCCCCCGGGAGAAUUUGCGCAGUUUUGGGGACGUGACCGCGAGCAGAGGCAGGUUCAGCUGAUGGACUUAUGAGAGCGUUUAGUGUUUUUGUUUAUUAUUAUCAUUAUUAUUGUGAUAUUAAUUGGCCGUAGGAGUUCACACAACACACACUUACCAUGAGUUUCUUUAGUUUCGGACAAAGUGCAGAAAUUGACGUAGUCCUAAACGACGCCGAAACGAGGAAAAAGGCUGAACACAAGAGCGAGGAUGGAAAGAAAGAGAAAUACUUCCUUUUUUAUGACGGAGAGACGGUCAGCGGGAAGGUGAACGUGACUCUGAAGAACCCCGGAAAGAGGCUGGAACACCACGGAAUCAAGAUCGAGUUCGUGGGCCAGAUAGAGCUGUACUAUGACAGAGGAAACCACCACGAGUUUGUCUCCCUGGUGAAGGACCUGGCGCGGCCCGGUGAAAUGGCUCAGUCCCAGAGCUUUGACUUCGAGUUCACGCACGUUGAGAAACCGUAUGAGUCGUACACGGGCCAGAAUGUCAAGCUCAGGUACUUUCUACGUGCCACUGUGAUCAGAAGACUGAACGAUAUCACCAAAGAGAUGGACAUCGUGGUCCACACUUUGAGCACGUACCCUGAACUCAACUCCUCCAUUAAGAUGGAAGUGGGAAUAGAGGAUUGUCUCCACAUCGAGUUCGAGUAUAACAAAUCCAAGUAUCACCUGAAAGACGUUAUUGUUGGAAAAAUCUACUUCCUGCUGGUGAGAAUUAAGAUUAAGCACAUGGAGAUUGACAUCAUCAAACGUGAGACAACAGGCACGGGUCCCAGCGUGUACCAUGAGAAUGACACCAUCGCCAAGUACGAGAUCAUGGACGGCGCGCCAGUCAGGGGAGAGUCUAUCCCCAUCCGGUUAUUCCUUGCUGGCUAUGAUCUGACUCCCACCAUGCGAGACAUCAACAAGAAGUUCUCUGUUCGCUACUACCUGAACCUGGUGCUGAUCGACGAGGAAGAGAGACGCUACUUCAAACAGCAGGAAAUCACGUUGUGGAGAAAAGGUGACGUGGUGAGGAAGAGCAUGUCUCACCAAGCCGCCAUCGCGUCUCAGAGGUUCGAGGGAUCCGCUGCCUCGGAGGCGGCGCUGGAACAGAGUGCAAAGGAGGACAGUGGGUAGACCAGUCACCCUCACAGGACUCUGCAGUGUCCAUUUUCUAUACUCAACAAAAAUAUAAACGCAACACUUUUGGUUUUGCUCCCAUUUUGUAUGAGAUGAACUCAAAGAUCUA